UUGUUAUUUUUUCAUUUCCUGAUUCCUGUCUAAUGAAUAAAAUACUUCAUCUUGAGGGUUUAUUGGCUCAAAUUUAAGCAAAUAUAAAACAUUGCUCAUGUGGGAUUUUUUUGUUUUUUUUUUAAUUACUUUUCAAAUUAGUGUUUUUAUUCUCAAAUGUGAAAAUUGCAUUUCCAUACGCUAACAUAACAUUCCUAGUGUAUAAUUUCUAAAAAACACAAUUUUAUAUUCUUGGUUGACCAGUAAACAGAAAGCCCACGCCAAAUCCAGUUGCAGGUUUCCACUUUGGUCUUGGGCAAGAUACAAAGUGUUGUCAUAAUGGGCCAGAAGGAGGGUCGAGAGAGGGGAAGAGCAGAGACGUAGCCAGAGUGUGUGUGGAAAGCAGAGGAAGGAACAGUACCUUACCUAAACUUAUGUUUGAUCUGGCUUUGCAACUACUACUAUCAUAUGAUGCUCUCUCUUCUGUUUGCAUUCUUGGUGGCAUUCUGCCGGCUUGAGUGAUCUCAUGGAAUGCACAUGGGAUUUUCAUCAGAGAACCUUCAACUUUACUCAAAGGCGCUCUUGCUCGGCUCUGCAAAAGGGUCACUUUGAAUGUGUUUGGAGAUUUCUGCUGCCCUUUCAGUCUGACAGAACUUGAGAUGUGAUCCAAGAAGAUUCUGCAAACUGGACCCAUGCCGUUUUAAGGUGAAGGAAAAUGCUCAUAUCAUCACUGAUUUGGAUUCUGCACUUGAUGAAUCUCACCAUGGGUCAAGACAUGAUAAUGCGCUACAAACGUAGCUCCACAACAAGUAGCUCCUCAGCAAGUAGGCUGUGUCCCACAGGCUGUGUGACGUGCUCAGCCCUCAAUGGCUGUCUGUCCUGUAAACCUCGCCUCUUCUUUCACCUGGAGCUGGAUGGGAUGAGGCAGAGAGGAGUUUGUCUGUCCUCCUGCCCACGGGGGCACUAUGAUACACGAUCUCCCUACAUCAACACUUGCACAAGAUGCAAGGAGGACUGUGCCUUCUGCUUCAGUGAAAAUUUCUGCACCCGCUGUCACUCGGGUCGCUUUCUGUUCCGGGGAAAAUGUCAACCCAGCUGUCCCUUUGGGCUCACAGCCAACCCUGAACUACGAGAAUGUAUAGAGUGUCCUGCUGGCUGUGAGCUCUGCAUGCGGAGGAACAUGUGUCUGAGCUGCAGAGCAGAUUUAUACACUCUUCAAGGCCAGUGCUAUCUCACCUGCCCAAAGGGAUUCGAGCCUGAUGAGCAGCUUAUGCAGUGCCUCCCGCAAGUGCACUGUGAGGUAGGAGAGUGGUCAGACUGGAGCCCAUGUGUUCGCAAACGCAGCAUGAAAAUGUACAGAAGGGGAGAGAAGAUGCGCACCAGACAAGUGUUGAGUCCUCCAAGACGCUUCAGGAAGCCAUGUCCAAAGUUGUUUCAGUUCAGAAAAUGUAUUUUUAAAAAGAGACAGAGUUUCAUAUCAAAUGUAAUGCCAUAGUUAUUGGUAAUAUUGAUCUAAGUGCGUUGCUCUUUCUUUUAAAAUGUGCUUUUGUUAUUAUUUAACAACUUAUACUUUGUAAAUAUUACUUUAAUGGUUUGCCUUGAUGAUUGUAAUUAAGAGGCGUAUGCCAGAUUUAUAAGCACUGUCUCUUUUGGGGAAAAAAAAACAAAAACAACUUUUUUUGCAUAAAUUAUUUUUGGUUUCGCGGGAGGAUGAAAAUAUUGCA